AUGAGACACUUCUUUAGAAGACAUAGCCAAGACGACAAUGAUACAUCUUCCCCCUCCAAAGAGAAGAAAUUAGGAAAUGUACCCGCGAUCCUGUCAAGAGCUGUGGAUGAUGAAUCGGACUCCGAGUGCGUUUCCGAUUGUACCUCGAUCGUUUCAAAUAAAAGUGGUGGGAGUAUACUACCUUCUUAUUAUAUGUAUAAUUCCAUUCUACGGCGCAAGUUUUGUUCAACUAUCGAACAAUAUUCUUUACCAAGUUAUACCCUGGUGAAUACAAAUUCCAAUAACAUACCAAUAUCCCUGACAGUUUCGGUAUCAAACUAUUCUAUCCAUGAGAAAUUAUCGUCGUUGCCCAAUGAACGAAAAUUAGCGAUGCUGUUUGAGUUGGAGCAUCCUGAAGAAUAUGAAUAUCGACAAGGAGAAAUUAUCAAAGGUCAUUUAACGAUUGAGAACCAUCUGGAUUCAUAUAUCAAAUUUUCCCUGAUUUAUCUUUUAUUGGAAGGAUAUAUCCAUUAUGCAUUUUAUGGCAGAAAGCCAUUUCUUUCUUUGAUUGAUUUUAAUUCAUUCUUACAUCAUAAACAUCAUAAAUUGUCAGCUAAUGGCUUUUAUAGACAACCGUUUGAAUUUAAAAUUCCGGAAUAUUUAGUAGAUAAUCAAUGUGAAGAAGUCAUGGCGAGUCACUUGGAAAUCUUGCCUAGCGUAAGUCCUAAUUCAUUUUGCUCGCUUAGAAUUAGUUAUGAAUUAUCUUGUCAUGUCAUAUAUGAAGAUAAACUAGGUAAAUUCGAAAAAUUAGGAGAAUUAGACCAGAGUAUUGUUAUUAUACCUAAAUAUGAACCUGAGAUACCAUUUAUGGAGAAUACAUUGGAUUAUAUGAUGCGUGACUUUAUAACUUCUGAUGGGAUAUACGUUAGUAAAUCCAGAUUUGAUGAAGUGUUACAGCAAUUGGAUUUGAAUCCCUUAAAGAGUGAGUUGAUCUUUAGAGGAUGUGACAGAUUAUUGAAAUUGACAAUAGAACAGCCAUCUAUUGACUUUAAAUAUGUUCCAAUGACACCUCAAACCCCACAACAUCCUGACUUGAACCAAUUAAUCAAAAUUCCAAUCAAUAUUCUGCCAUGCGAAGAGAAUGGCCAAGUACCACCACUUCAAUCAAUCAGUGCCGAUUUGAUAGUUAUAACUGCAAGAUCAUACAGACCAAUUCCUAUAUGUUUUACUUCAAAUAUGUUCUUUGAAUCAUUUACUGAUCUGAAAUACUCGGAUAUUAUCACAAUACCUAUAUGUAAAUGUUUAAAUAUUAUUAGGAAACAUAAUCCUAACUAUGAAGACGCAACAAAUCCCAUAAGGAAAUUGCUUAAAAUACAAGUAACAUACACACCAUUACUGAUUCCAAAUGUAAUAGUUGAUGAAAAUGCCAACAUUUCCAUAAGAUUAAAGAAUAUGUGUAUCAAAGCCCUUGACCAUGCGGUUGUAAAAUAUAUUUUUGGAAGUGGAUUCAGUUUGGUUCCUAAUUUUCAAAAUUGUAAUGUAAUCAGAGAAUAUUAUUUACAUUUGGAAUUACAAUUUGAUAAUUAUAGAUUUAAGAGGAAUCAUAAAGUGAUAGUAAAUAUUCCAGUUAAUGUGAUAGUGUGA